UGGCGCCACAAAAACAGCGUCAUCACCCAUUUUUAGUUCGGGGUCAAAUGAAUUCCGCCUGAUUUGUGUAAACACGUCUAACUGAAAUAUGGAAAAUCCCGAGAGAAUUUUAGUCGCUUUGACGGAAUUCGAGAGCAAAUCGCCCAGAGAAAUUGUUCCAUUGUUGGACGAGUUUCUACGUCACAUCGCAAAAACUGGGGAGCCGGUCUUCCCGUGGGAGAAACUGAAGCCACUCUUCAUGCACAAGCUCGACGCGGUGAUGCGCGAAUUCUUCGCCACGGCCCCGACAGAGACGGUCGCUCCCAACCCGAACCUGGAGGUGGUUCCGUUCGACGCGAUGCGGACCCGCCUCCUAGACACACUCGACAAGUUCACAAGCGCGCCGUUCACAAUACAGAGACUCUGCGAACUCGUCACGGAACCGAAGAAACACUACAAUCGGACGGACAAGUUUCUACGUGGGAUUGAGAAGAAUGUACUUGUUGUCAGCACACUGGCUCCAUUCACAGGCAAAGAGACACCUAGCGGUCUCCACUUUGUGAACGGAAUCCUGGAAAACGGAGACGAAUCCAAAGCGGAAACGGAAUCCGGCAAGAUGGAAACGACAGAGGCGGCGGUGGCAUCGGCGGCGGCAUCUACUCACCCUGCCGCGCGAUCGCUUUCGCCGAACGAACAAGAGGGCGUCCACUCGCCGCAGCCGGAAGGAAACGACGGUGGCACCGCCGCGACAAACGGCGACGUCGCGCCGACAGAUGGCGCCACCGAACAUCCCACUUGCGUCGACUCUGCAGAAACACCUGAGCAUCCGUCAGAAUCGCGCGACGGGGAUGUGGAGCCGCCGCCGCCGGUCGCCGAAGCAGAAACAUCCGAACGUCUGACGGACGGCGGCUCCGCCGUCGCCACCGAAACGCCCGAGCGCGUCGGCGAGGGCGUCGCCGAGGGCGUCGCCGCAGCGACGGAGGUGUCCGAAGAUACGACCCCGUGCGACCCCGCGGCAGGGUCGUCGCCGCCGGCGACGCACGACCCCGACGCCGAGGUCGCUCCGCCCAUAGGGGGCGCCGCUCAGCCAAUGGAAACGAACCAAUCGUGGACGAGCGUCGACGACAAGAUGGACCGACCGCUCGAGUUUGCGACGACGACGGUGUGGCCAAUCACGCGCGCGCACGCCGACCAGCAGCCGAUCGAGGGAUCGGCGGAGGAUAGAGUGACCGACGAAGAGCCGACAUCGACGACCGUGGAACUGUCGGCGAUGGCAGAGAUGGUCGCUUGUUGCGUGCAGACGGCGGAGGCCGAGGAGAAGCAGCCGGCAGCGCCGACGACGUCACGCGACGCCGACCAGGUGGCGCCACUGGCGGCGGCGGCGUGCGAGAGCGCGGACGACCAUGGCGAACCGCCGAGGAAGAUACAGAAGACAGCGCACGUCGGUGACAUCUCGGAGGCUGUUCACCUCCCAACAGAGGGCGACACCGUGCAGCAGCUGCUGGCGGACGAGAACGAACAAUCGGCGCUCGUAUCCGACAGCAGCGACGCGCCGCAGCCAAUCACGUCGCAGGAGACGCCGGCGGAGGCGAGCGUCGUCGCGGCGACGUCGCCGACGACGACCGUAACCACGGAGACGGUCGCCGGCGACGAGAUACCGGCCGACGAGGAAAUCGAGACGGGCAGUAGUGCCGAAUCGAGCCACGAGGCGGAGCUACCGGACACUAAACCGAUCGGCGACUCGUCGUCUCCCGACAGCACGCCGGACUCUAGCACCGACCAAUCAAGCGCCGCCUCCCGGCCCGUCGUCAUGGAAACGACGACGACGACGGUGGCAGCCAACCCUCUAGAGGAACCGAUGGAGGAGAAUUGACGG